AUUUGUAAUCUGUCUUGUUGCCUGGAGAUAAGUAAAAUGGAGUCUGAAAUCGCCUUUAAAGUCCUUCCUUCUCAGCCAUGUUGGCUCAACCGGAAUCGUCAUAGGAUGUUUGGAGACAUAUGAUGCAGGUUCAGCUUGAUCCAAAAUGUCGUCACCUGCGUCCUAACUCGAGUUAAGGACGUAACAUAUUUUACCCCGCGCCUGAUAUCUGUGACGCGAUUGCGGCGGACGCGGACCUUCGGAGCUCCAGCUCGGAACGGCAGCGGGAGAGAAGUCAUCGCUUCUCCUGCUGCUAUUUAGCACACUGCGUAGGGUUACAGCAGGUUGAGCCUGGAACCAGCUGUCCUCCAAGAUGAACCCUUAUGAGUGAACGUGAGCCUAUUCAGUAAGCUGUUAGCUUCCAGUGGUCAAAGCCAUGCCUGAAGAUUAGAGCCUCUCUCUUGCUUGCAGCAAUACAAAUAUACAGAAGAAUCUACAUGAGUCUUCAUGUAGACCUUCCUGUGUUUGCCCUGCUGGAUUGAGUCCUUCCUCCCCUAAAUAUAAUAUCAGCUCUGUCCGUUUCAUACCACUCCGUCUUGCACUUUCAUGUCCACCUGGGAACAUGCAGCUGCAUUUAAGUAUGGCUCCAACCUAGUCUCAUGCGUCCAAUGAGUGGAGAGUCAGACGGCCCUGCUCCUGAAAGAGUCUCGCAGGCCUUUCCUUUGUCAGGCCCUGUGUCCUCCUCAGAGAUGUCCUCACUGCAGUCACUAGGGCCAGUGCAGAGCUGGCUGGGUCAGGAGUUGGAGAAAUGUGGCAUAGAUGCUAUGAUCUACACCCGCUAUGUCCUUAGUCUGCUACUGCACGACAGCUAUGACUAUGAUCUGCAGGACCAGAUAAAAAAACACCAAACAACAGUACGAAACCUUCCUUGUGCACAGGAAAAUGACAUCUUCCUGGGCUGGGAGAAAGGAACAGGGAAGAAAUGGGGGAAGAGUAAGAAGAAGGGAGUGACUGACCUUAGUCUUGAAGAGAUGAAGAAACAAGCUGCUGUGCAAUGUUUGCGUUCAGCAUCUGAUGAAAAUUCUGGAAUUGAAAGCUUGGUCGAGGAGCUUUGCUCUAAACUCAAGGAUAUUCAAAAUAAACAUGCAGAAAAAGAAAAGCAAGGAAAUAAAAAAUCUGAUAUAUCUCAGUCUCCUGAACCAGAUGAAUCCCUUUCUUCUAAGGACCAGGUUGAGAUGUACUAUGAAGCCUUUCCACCUCUGUCAGAAAAACCUGUUUGUCUCAAAGAAAUUAUGACAGUGUGGAACAAAGCUAAAGCCUGCACAUAUUCCAGCUCAUCAUCAUCUGCUGUCCCUCAAACAAGCACAGACACAUCCUCUCCAAAAGACUGCACCAGCGAAGGUGAAGCCUUUAAAGACCGAACAGUUGAUGUACCCAGUUCCACCACCACAACCAACGAGAGGGCCCAGCAGCGACGCAUUAAGAGGGAGAAGGAAAACCGAUUCCAUGGAAGUGCAACAGGAAUGCCUGAUAAUCAGGUUGCACCUCAUAGUAAGAGGCAACCCAGACACCGAUCUGAGGGAAGGUUCCGUCCCAGAUCAUGGUCCUCUGGCUCGAGUGAGGCUGGUUCAAGCUCCAGUGGUAACCAGGGUGACCAGACCCCUAGUUGCAAAACAGUCCGCCUAAGACACAAGUCUCGAGAGGUCAGCAGCAGAAGCAAAAGAGGCCGAAGUGGCAGUGGACAGGUCAAACUGGCCCUAAAAGUCAUCGACAAAGAGGAACGGAAAAAUUCACGUGGCAAUGUCAGUACCACUGGAGGCCCACCUAAGCAGCAGCACUACAUGAAAAAAAGCAAGAGACCUCUGAGGGAGAUCCGCAAAGAUGCUAAUCUAGUUGAGGCACAGGAGUCAGGAGGAGAGGCCAAUAAAAAGGAAUAUAUGGAGGAGCCUCUUUGGUACACAGAGCCCAUCUCUGAGUACUUUGUCCCUCUCAGUAGAAGUAAAUUGGAGACAAAGUAUCGGAGUACAGAAGACUCUUCCAAUGACUUAGCUAUGUCCAUUGAUAUGGACUGUCUAUCGGAGAGAAUUCAAGGAAUCUGCAUUGCAAAUUCUUGUUUUCAAAGGGCAUACCUUGCAGCAGGCACUUUUGUGGAUGGCCACUUCAUUGAAGUGCCUGGUGAAGGUGAUGAAGAGGCUCCUGAACUGAAUGGGAUUCCAAGCUGCCAUCCUCCUGAAGAUGGUCAAGAUUUAGAUGAUGAGCAUCUGUCUGAAUUCACUCACUUCUAUGAAGUUGAUCUUUACCAAUCCAUAUUGGAUCCUAGUGCCUCAGAUGCGGUACAAGAAAGUCGAAUCCUGAACAUGAUUCGACAGAAGAGCAUUGAGCGAAAACACUUUGAAGCAGGAUGUGUAGUUUUAGAUGGCCUUGAGCUGCAAGGGGAAAGUGCAAUAAGGGUUGAUUCUCUGGGAGCUUCAGAAGCAGAUGUUUCUAUCACUCAAGAUAUGGAAACCAUUGCCCAAGUCUGGGAGUGCUGUUCAUCUUCUAGCCUGGAGGAUUUAGAGGGAGAAAGUUGUCCUGGUGACUCUCCAGUCAGGCUCUCCCCAGUGUUGGACAGUGUUCCAUUUAAUUUUAGCAACCUAUCAGGAGCUUUUGUAGGGCAUCAUCUCCAAGAAGCCAGUGGUAGCAUCUCUGACCUAAACUCCUGCUUUUCACUUUUUGAGUUGCAGUACGAUAGCCCUUCCUUUUCUUUUCCCUGUGACUCUCUCACACCGGGUCAGGACAAUGUAGAUUCAAGUAGCUGUUUAGAUCCACAAAGAAACAAACAAUCCCGUUUGCUAAUUUGGACCAAAAACAGUGCCUUUGAUGAAACGGAACACUGCUCUAACUUAUCAACGAGGACCUGCAGUCCAUGGUCCCACUCAGAGGAGACACGGUCAGAUAGUGAGCAGAUCAAUGCUCUGGCAGAUGAAUCUGUUUUGUUUGGCAAUGAAGAGGUCAGCUGUAUCUCCCUUAUCCCACCUUUAUGCCUAGAGGAGGAGCUUUUAGAUUUCUUUCAAGAGAACUCGAGUCACCAGCAGGAAGAAACAAAUAUAGGUGUAGAGUCCAACCAGCCCUUCAAUAAGAAAUCGAAAUUGGAGUCUGUUUGUGGCAUAGCAUUAGAGCAGGAUGAGAGUAAACUCUAUAAUGCUGUUGUGUUUUCUGAUGUCCCAAAUCAACAAAGUGAUGAAUACACCUCAGGGAUAAUAAAAGACAUUUGGAUGGCUAUUGGAGACCGAGACUGUGUCUUAACUCUUGGGGUAAAGAAUACAGGGGAACACUUCUUUUCAGAGGAGGCUCCUGGCUACCAAUGCAGCUGUCUUGACAAGGAUGUAAAAGGUGAAAUUAUUCAAAAGACAGAUGCGCAGUGUUCGGAGUAUCAUCUUUGGGAUGGGCAGAAAGAAGAUGAGGGACUUCCUAAAAACAAGCUCUCUAAAAUAAAUGAUGGGGAUUACACAACACCGGCCAAGCCCUGGAAUUGUAAUUCACAGGACAGCACCUCAUUUAUCCUCGGCGGGGUUUAUGGAGAACUCAAGACUCUAAGUGGCGACAGAGAAUGGGCUAUGGUUCCACCUGGUGAUGCUUGUGGCAGUUUGUUGCAGUGUGCAGCAGCCACGUCUUCUGACAUGGUAACCAUUGCAGGAGCGGAUGUGUUUAUGAACACGAGCAGUCGCUUUGCUCCUGGCCACAGACCGUUGUGGAGACCUCUUGUGUCCCUUGGUCAAAAUGAGCAGACUUCCAAGGGACCAGGGGAUGGUUUGAAUAAGGGAUUUUCUGUUGUCUUCCAUGAAGAUUUACUGGGAUCAUGCGGAGGGUUCCGUGGAGAAGAGUCAGGACUUGAUUACCCAUUUUCAUCCUUUGAUUUAAACAACCCUUUUUCCCAGGUCCUGCAUGUGGAGUGCUCCUUUGAGCCAGAGGAUAUGGCCUCGUUCAGCCCGGGAUUCAAGCCAAAAUCCAUAUUAUGCUCAGACAAUGAGCCCUUUUGCCCUUGGUUAUAUGGCAUCAAUCGGACUCAGUAUCGGGCCAUUCGAAUUUCCCCAAGGACCCAUUUCCGGCCAAUAUCUGCUUCUGAACUGUCUCCAGGUGGGUGCAGUGAGUCAGAUGUAGAGUCAGAUGAGAAAGAGGAAGCAAGUCUUCCGGUUAGUCAAGCAGACCUCUUUGAUGACCCACAGGCUGACCUCAAGCCUCUCGAGGAGGACGCAGAGUGUGAGGGCCCUUACUAUGGGAAAUCUGAGCUGGAGUCUGGGAAGUUCCUACCCAGAUUAAAGAAGUCUGGCAUGGAGAAGAGUGCCCAGACAUCACUCGAUUCACAGGAGGGUGGGAGCACCCUUUUGCCGAUUUCUGAACAAGAGAUUUGCGUACAUUGUGAGACGGCAGUGGUUUCGAAGCCAUGUUCUCAUGUGCAGUCCUCUGUUCAACAAGCAGAAGGCAGCAAAGAGACCGAGUCUUGCAAAUGUGCUGCAAAUGAUCAGAUUCCUGAAACUGGGAAGUCACUUGAUGUUGCUCAAGAUAUGCAUGAGUUUCCUCUGUUGAAUUUUGGAGAACAGUGCUUAACUAAUAUGCAGCAAGAAGAGUGCUGGUGGCAGAGUACUCUAUGUUCUCCUUUAUUUCCAGGUUCUCAGUGUGGAGGAAGCAGUAAUGUAUGAAUCUUCUGCUUAACGUGGAGGCAUACCGAUGCUAUUUUCCUCCUAUCACUUUCAACCAUAAACCAGAGGAGGGACAGGAGGAACCUUACAAGAACAGUGAGCCCUGCGCCUACAGUGGGUUCUCACUUAACCACCCUGUCCUAAGCCCUGUUAUUCCUCAGUUCAUCUAAAAUGGUGUAUCAGCAAGAUGAAAACAGAGAGGGGAAAACAUGGCAAUAGGUUGAACAUACAGAUAGAUGAUUCUGGUCAACAGCAUAUAUUAUAGACCUGUUUUCAGUCUGUUAAGUCCAAGGUUGAUCAAUUUUGAAAAGAAAAAAAACGGCAUAGUUAAGCAUUAAGAUUUGUUCUUUAUUUACUACCCCUUAUAGAUUUUAGCUUCACUUUUAUGUUUGAUCUAGGAUACACUAUAAUUGUGGUCCUACUGAUUGUGCAUGUGCUUGUGAACCUAGUCUCAGUCCUUCUAAUAGUCAAAGUUUCUGUGACCGAACUAUGAAUACUCAGAAGUCAGGUUGAAAGCACUACAAUUGCAACACCCCCUUCCCCUGCCGAUAAUUUUUUUUUUGUCUUAUUUUUUUCCUUCUAAAUGACUUAUAGAGGAUAGAGUUGUGUGAGGUUUGGCGUGUUGAAAGAAAAUUGCUUUUGUCCCCUGCCAUGCUGCUUUGAAAGCAUCUUAAAGAAAUAGAGCAGGGUAAUAUAUUGAAAGUGUAAUAAAACAAUAAGCAUACUAAAAUGUUGAAUGUAGAAACAGAGCUUUGCCCUUGAAAUCUGAAGUUGCUUUCUUUGCUUGAGUUUACAGAGUUUCCCAGCCAUUUGAUAAAGGUUUACCAAUUCGCUAGGUUAUUUUUUUUUUUUCACUUCAGGUUUUAAAAAAUCUUUUUUUCCUUUCUUACUGUCAGUUUGGUUUGAUUUGUGAAGUUACCUUUCAUAAAAGUUAAUUUUGGAGAGUUCUUGUGUCAAAGAAUAGUUUACAUUUUCCUGAAUACAUAUGGCAAGAUAUCUGGAAAGCAUGUAAAAUAUAAAUGCUGCAGAUAAUGGAAAAUAGUUAACAGAAUAUUUUGACCCAUAUAAUUUCAGAUAAGUAAGUCUUUAAAAAAAAAAAAAAACUAUUACUCAGUUGAUGGUGUAUAUCUGUUGCAGUUUGCUAUUGUAGCCAUGACGUUAUGUAUUUUUUCUUUAAGGUUAGUGUUCAUUUUGGGCUUUUCAGUUAAUUUUUUCCCCCUUAUUUAUCAACAAAAUUGCGACCACUGAUUAUUCAUAUAACAUACCUUUUACUUGUUUUAGAAAUCUGUGGCUGUUUCAGUGUGGACUUAUGCAUCAUACUCAUGGCAUGGGCAAGAUCUAGAUCUAAUAUGAAAAGUGGUUUAUAAAAGCAAUAUAGUAUUUUGGCACACAAUAACUCUACAACCUUAUGAUAUUGAUGUAUUUUUGUGUUUGAGGAACAUACAUGGGGUUUAUUUUUGAAAUGUUACUUUAAUUUAGUUUCAUUCCCCUCUGUUUUCAUUUGAAUAAGGCCUAAAUUACUUUUCCUGCAAAGUUUGAAAGGUUGCUUGCCUAUACAAUUUUAAUGGCUGUGGAAUUGGGUAUGGUCACGGUGUAACCCUUUUAUGUUCAUAAUGCAAAAUCCAGUCCAUCCUAAAUUUGUUUUGUGAUCUAAUACCAUCAUUUACACCUGUGACUUAUCUAUUUCCUUUUGUCUGCUUCUUGACCUUAACAGAUCGAACAUAGCUUUAAAGCCUGGACGAUUCAGCUUUGUGUUUUGUUACAAAUAUUACAAGUGAGAAAUUACUAAAAUUGACAUUUUAAAAGUACCCUCUAUUUUUUUUUUUUUCUUUUGAAAAAUGUUAGUGUGCUUUUUUUUCCUGUACCAAUGUGGGAAACUUUGUUUUAAAGCAUUACUUGUUAAAUAUUUUCAGGGGGAAUUUGAAUGUGACAAUGAAAUGGAAAAUAAUAAUGCCCCAUCAGCAUUGACCAAAAACGAUUCCUUCAUUUGGCACAAGGAUUUAAGUUUUUAAACUUGCUUUGGCAUCAGAUGUCCACAAAAAAAACAAAAAAGCCCCUUUGCAAGAGUUUAUUUUGUUGACCUGUUCUGAGAUGCACUUUGGGUUAAAUUGAGAG